GUACGCUUGGUCCUUCCCAAUGAGACGGUGGUCAAUGCAAACGGGGGUCAGUCAGAGCGCUGGAUCCUGCAGGAUCCUGCAGGAUCCUGCCACCGCAGGAUCUUGCAGGGUCCUGCCAAGCCUGACUGAUCCAGGUUUGGCAUUGAAGACGGGCCAGUGCGUCCCCAACAGCAUUGGCUCCGACCAGCAGGAGAGGGGGGGAAAGGGGCCCUCUCCGCCACGACUGAACGCGGCUCGGGCAGCUGGUUAUAGUUCGACCCUGGGAGGGGUCUGGGGACCCACUUUGAGAGCGAAUUUGCCAACUUCCCGCCUCUAGACCGAUUUCCUUUGGGCUUCUGCAGCUCAGACUCCCUGGCCGUCUCCAACCUAGAACGCAGAAUGGCGCCGAUGUUGCAGAGGAAUCGCAUGACGGCAAUUGGACUCACUGCCAGGAGCACCGAGACCGGGGAAAAUCCGUCCAUUGUGAACGUGCUGGUGGAGGUCGAGGGGGAGCUCCCCCUCGAUGAUGUUCAGAGCCUCAUCGCGGAUCCAGAUUUCGGUUUCACGAGGUACUCGCGCAUGUCCAGCAGAGUCGAUAAGACGAGCUGUUACGUCGAGAUUCCAGACUUUGACGCCAGCGCAGUGGUUUCAGAGUUCACGGUCUGCGCGGAGCACAAGCUCCACGAGCAGUGGAUGGAGGAUUACGUCGGCCUGCACGGUUUGGGCCCGCUGAACCACGGAGAGGAAGACCUCCCUCCAUGGGAGUGCAACGUGGCCCACAAUUACAAGGGAGGCAACACCAUGCUGCACUUCCGCUUUCACCACUGCUUGGGCGACGGCCACUCGUUUGCCAUGCUCAUCCACGGCCUCAGCGACGAGGUGCGCAGUAGGAGCAAGGCUCGGGCUGAGGCUUUUUCCUUCCUGAAGCUCCUGGCUGCUUUCGGGUCCUCUGUGGCGUACCUAUUGUGGCUUAUCUGCGGGGUCGUCCCAGUGGUCUUCAAGAUCGUGCGGGUGCUCUGUGGUGGGAGGGCCACGAGCUCCCUCCUGAAGGGGGCCCUGGGCCGCGAGAAAUCCCUGGCCACUGGCCGCGAGGAGUACGACCUCAACGUGGUCAAGGCCGCGGGCAAGGACCGAGGGAACUUCACCAUGAACGAUAUCAUGUUGGCCGCUUUUGUCGGCGGCUUGAGGCGUUGGAUGGUGGACAGGUGCGGACCAGACGGAGUCCCGCCAGGGGAGACCGUCUGCUGCUCCCUGCCAGUAAACCUGCGGACCAGCCUCGAAGACACGCCCAUGGGCAACAAGAUCGGGGCGUUCAUGAUCGACCUGCCCGUUGGGGAGGCUGACAGGGAUGCGCGCUUGAAGCAAACGGCGGCCGCCAUGAACAAGGUCAAGAGGUCCCCCGAAGCCUCCCUGGGUAACCUCGUCGCCAAGCUCACGUCUUCCCUUCCCGAGUGGGUAUCGAGGCGGCUGAUGGACAAGAUUACCUCUCGUGUGGAGUGCGUUUUUACGAAUGUCCGGGGCUUCGACGAGACGAUACACCUCAAGGGCCACGCGGUGCUGAAGUUUGUUGGCUUUGUCCCUCCGCCCCCCGGGGUCUCCAUCGGGGUCGCCUGCGGCAGCACCUGCGGCAGGGUGUCGUUCUCGGUCUCGUCCGACCGGGGCCUGCUGGGCGAGGGCUCCUCGAGAGAGCUGGCGGAGUACUACGACGAGGAGGUCCGGGCUCUCCUCCACAGCUAGCCUGUGAUGUGGCGGGGGGCGCCAGCGUCCAAGACCUCCUCGCGUGCUGCCGAACCUCGCGACGGAGAGGUUUUGGCUCCUCCAGCCUCCUGUGGACCCUAAGUAACCAGAUAUUGGCCCAUCAACAAAACUGGCUCGAUGUGAGAAGUCGGUCCUGACGAACGGGUGGAGAUCGUCGGGGGUCCCGGCCGUGAGAAGCCACGACGCCGGAGGCCUGUGUGUGCACUCACACCGACGCUGCCCAGGCCGAUCCUGGGCCCAUGAUCGGUGCAUCUGCGAGGCGUUCCAGAGAGGUCCUCGCCCUCGAGAGUCGAAGGAGCUGGCACCUCUUC